AUGGAUCCCCGUGGACCGCAACGGGGACCACCCCCUUUACCAGCCCGUAGAGUGUUCCACAGACAAGAUGCAAAUGACAUCGCCACGACGUUGACAGACGCUGAAUUUGCCAAUCAUGUGUACGAAGAAAUUGACAUUAUUGCGGAAAAUAAAGAAUCCUUGAAGAACAACUUACUCCAUUCGAAAUCCCAGUCCGACCCACAGGCUGACGGCCGACAAGGUCCUAAAAGUGCGCAGCCAGGAACACGCAGGCCUCCCCAACCUCUACGUGCCGCCCCUCCGGUCCGGAGUGCAAGUGCGCCAAGCGGACAGGACCACAUUUCCCCACCCAUCCCGCCCAGGAAACACGUACCUCUUGGCCACAACAAAACCAGGUUCUCCUGUGAUCUGACUGUUCCUGUCCACAAACUGACCCGCUCCAACACACAACCAGAUGACCUGGAUAAAUGGGAAAUCAAACUAACAGAUACGCCUGAAGGCAGCACCACAGUGAUGGCUUCAUUCUGUCAAGCCACAUCCAAUCUGAUGUCGCACUGCAAGCACACACAAAGAGCUCACAACUCAGGGGUGGUGUCUGCUCGAGUGUCACCCAUCCAUCCUGCGCUGCUGCAGGAGGUCGAGGUGACUGUCAGCGUGGCAACCAAAUACAAAACUCACCAGCUUCCAAUCCCAACUGCAGUGAAUAGGACGGUGCAAAGUUUAAUCGAUGAGAUCUUCCAGCUGCUGGAGCUCACUCGCAAAACCCACGGCCAUUACGUUCUCAAGUUGUGCAACUCUGAGGAGUAUCUCCACAAUGAAGAGCUGCUGGGUCUGCACGAGGUCGUUCAAACUCACUGCAAGUUCAACGUGGACCUCCCCCUUCGGCUGCUCCACUCCAGCAACCUGAAACACAGUUUGGCCAGGGAUGAGGAUGACGAUAAACUCUCGAGUCACCUUUAUGAGCUGGUGCGGCCCGUAUCCGUCUUCAACACGUGCAAGUUGAGUCUCCAGAAUGUGCUUAUGAGCUACAACAGGGAGGAGGCCAUGCUGAUGAGAAGCAAAUCGAAGAUGAACGUCAACGUCCUGGUGGCCCACGUUCGUACUAUUACUGAUCUCCUGUGUGGCGUCUCAAGCGGGGAGCUGGAAGACGCCAUUGGCCGGAUCAACAGAGUCAACCCCACAUCUCUGAUUCAUGAGGAGAUGUUGGAAUGCGAGAGCGCCAUGGAGGUGCUGCACAAGUCCCUUCUGAAAGUCAUGCAGAACUUUUUUGACAACUUCCUGUCCAACUUCAGAACUCAAGACAUUGCCAGCAAACCUCUGAGCAGUGAUGUGGAGCGCAACAGUGAACUCUUACAGUUCAACGUGGCCGCCCUCUAUAAACUAUUACCCAGCUGGGUGACCACGUAUGACUGCUUUUCUAUUUCCUGUGAGCUGACGUAUGGGGAGACGCAGCUUUGCUCACCCGCGGUUUCUGAAAACAUCAGCACAGCUUUGGCCUUUGAAAAGAAAAUACGUUGUAACCGCAUGAUGGCGUUUCCUGUCCCGGUAAAGCAGUUGCCCUACGAAUGCAUGCUGACCUUCCAGCUGAUGGGCUCAAAGCGAGGAAAGAGUCCCGAGCUGCUGGCCUGGGCUGUUCUACCACUUUACAGCAACAGAACCCUGGUAAGAGGGACCAUCCUGCUCGCCUUGUCUAUGUUGGCCAUGCUGUCUUCGCCCCCGUCCCCAGCCCUCUUUGACAGCCACAGGCAAACAGUGGGGGUCAUCCUGCAGCUUGAGUUUCCCGAUGAGGUGAAGUGGACAUAUAAGAGGCCUGUCGCGCUGCCGGGGUCCUUUAUGUUCUCCUCGCCUUGUGAAGAUCUGGAAAAAAAAAUGUUACAGGUGUCGAAGAAGAUGUGCCUUUGCUUUCUGUCAGAAAACGAGAAGAACUUCCUGUGGAGUAAACGUCACAGCGGUGACAAAGCAAGUACCUUCCUCCAUCUGGUCUUGGGUGGAGCCCCUAAGUGGCAAGCUGAGGACCUCACAGAGAUCUACACAGUUCUGGACCGCUGGGCUAUCCAUCUUCCCGAGGAGGCGCUCUUCCUGCUCACUGAUAAUUUUCCAGACCAGACUGUGCGCAAAACCGCUGUGGAGUAUUUUAAACAAAUUCCCGAUGACGACUUGGAGCAGUUUUUGCCACAGUUGGUCCAGGCUCUGAAGAGUGAAUGGGAAUUGGAUGGACCUCUGGUCAUGUUGUUGCUGGAGAGAUCACUAAAGAAAAUUCGGAUUGCCCAUCAACUUUUCUGGUUGCUGGAGGAUGCUUGCACAGAGCCGCACUACAAGAGCUGGUUCAGUAAGGUGCACGCGGCCCUGCGCUUCUGCUGCGGCCGAGCGCUGAGGGAGGAGCUGGAUAAAGAGACCCGUUUGCUCUCGGCACUCGUCCAGGUGGCGGAGAAAGUCCGGACGUCGGACAAGACGCGACGGAAGGCUGUGCUGAACAAGGAAAAGGGGAAGAUUGAGGAAUUCUUCAGUGAUCGGGGAAGUUGCUGUCUACCAUUAGAUGUUGGCGUCCGUGUCAAGGGGGUUGACCUCGAUGCCUGUAAGUUUUACAACUCCAAUACCUCUCCUCUGGGUGUGUCGUUUGUUUGCACUGACCCGCUGGCUAAGAACUUCACUCUGAUCUGCAAGACAGGAGAUAGCCUGCGCCAGGACAUGCUAGUACUGCAGAUGGUCCGUAUGAUGGACAGGGUGUGGCUCCAAGAAGGCCUGGACUUGCGAAUGGUCACCUACAGAUGUCUUUCUACUGGCGCAACUCAAGGCCUCAUAGAAGUGGUUCCCGAGGCAGUGACGCUGGGGAAGAUCCAGCAGGAGUGGGGUCUGGGUGGGACCCUUCGACAAGACACCCUGGAGAAAUGGUUUCACAUGUGGAAUAAAACAAAGGAGGACUAUGAAAAAGCUGUGAUGAACUUCAUUCACUCAUGUGCGGGUUGGUGCGUGGUCACCUUCAUCCUGGGGAUCUGCGACCGCCACAAUGAUAACAUCAUGUUGAAGCACAGUGGCCACAUGUUCCACAUCGACUUUGGCAAGAUCAUGGGCAAUGCACAGAAAAUCGCAAACUUUAAAAGGGACCGAUCACCGUUCAUCUUCACCUCGGAGAUGCAGCACUUCAUCACAGGAGGUGGGCAGAAGCCUCAGCGCUUGCAUCGCUUUGUGGAACUUUGCUGUGAAGCUUACAAUUUCAUCAGACACAGAUCUGCCCUCGUACUCAGCCUGCUGGAGCUAAUGACCAACGGAGGAAUGCCCGAACUGAAGGACCGUAAUGAUCUGCAUUACGUCCAGAGAAACCUCAGACCUCAUGACACUGACCUGGAAGCCACGUCGUACUUUACAAAGAAGAUCAAGGAGAGCAUGGGUUCUGUUGCAGUCAAGUUGAACUUCCUCACACAUAGCAUGGCCCAAGGGAAGAAGCAGACAGCAUCGAUCCGUGAUGGGAUUCCUGCUCCCAGCACCAACAUUCAAGAUGCUGUCAUCCAGGACUUUUCUAUCAAGGACAAAGUUGCGAUCUUUGACCUGAGAGUGACUAUUGAUGAUGGAUUUUGGUAUAACAAAAUGACAUUUGAAGAUUUUGAGCUGAUCCACAAACAGCUGCAGAAACACUUCAUAGAAUCUGCGAUGCCUCAGUUUCCGUGUUGGUAUAUGAUGUCAUUCACCCCCAGCAGGAAGAUGUCUCUGUUGAAUAAAUACCUCAAACAGCUUUUUGAAGGACCUUGCAAGGGUAAUGAAUUUGUGUGCAGUUUGUUCUUGGAUGGGCCAAAAAUGGUUAAGGAAAUUGUGGGAAAAGGAGCCUGUCCCCAAAUCCAGCUGUAUAUAACUUACAAGGAACGAAAGCUCUCUGUUUUGGUUAAACACCUCAAGAACAUUAAAAUGCCCAAUGGCUCCAACCCUGAUGCCUACGUGGUAACGUGUCUGAGACCGGACCCCCAGCAGAAGUCCAAGAGAAAGACUAAAGUGGUGCGGAAUAAUGACAACCCCACCUUCAAUGAACUGCUGGAGUACGCAAACGUCCCCCUCCUGUAUGGGAUGGUGCUGGAGGUGAGCGUGAAGAGCAAAAAGACGUUUGUAGCUGCCACCAACAUUAAACUGGAAGAGGAGCUGCUCAACAAGGAGACUUGGUUGGCACUGGGAAACUCGGCACUUUGACCUCACUUGC